GUUUGGCAACCCUAGGCGUCCAAUAUCCAAGCAGCCAACGCAGCAAACAGCAGCUCCAGGUACACAGAGACGAAACCAGCUGAUCAGUCUGCGUAUGUGAAAAUCGUGUGAAAAUGCCUUUGGCAAAAGACUUUCUCCACCCCUCGCUGGACUUCGAGAGGAAGCAGCACAAGAAGAAGAGACUUGUACAGUGCCCUAACUCUUACUUCAUGGAUGUGAAAUGUCCAGGAUGCUACAAGAUCACAACUGUGUUCAGCCAUGCACAGACAGUGGUGUUGUGCGUGGGAUGCUCCACUGUGCUCUGCCAGCCCACUGGAGGAAAAGCCAGAUUGACAGAAGGUUGCUCCUUCAGAAGAAAGCAACACUGAACACAAUGAGGAUGCUAUGGAAAUGGGUUGAAUGAUCAUACUGAGUGUGUUCACACUGAUCAAUGCCUUAACUAUUCAUUGAUUGCAAUGAAUGAACUCUUGAAAUGUAAUUAUGUUUGAGUGGUACAUGGCACGUUCUUUCUACCAUGUUAUCAGUCUCCCUUUUCUCAAUAAAGCCACUAAUAUCAUUUCCUUCA